AUGAGAAAAAGCUCUACGAGCUGUAAAGUGCCUGAAGUUCAUCAGUGCCGCAUUCCUUUCUUCAUCGAGCCAGCCAAUGCAAACAAUUCAGGCACUAUUGUUGGUCUUGACUUUGACAAAUUCUAUGAUUAA